ACCAAUGGAUAUGUGUGGUGGAUGGAUAACCAACUCCCAGCAAUGCCCAAUUCUCUUUUUCACAGAGCUUCCAUGGCUACUCUUAGCUUCAAUCCUACGAGAAUUCCUAACAAACCCAUCUCCAAUAUCACAUCUAUCUCAAAACCCACAAAAAUAUCCUUCCUUUCCUCUAUAAAACCCGCAAAUAACAACCAUAAACCACACCAUUUCCAAUCAAACACCACACUCAAACUCUCAGUUUCAACACAAGAGGAAGUGGAGGUUGAGGACUAUGAAGAAGAUGACCCAACUGCAGAAAUGAGCUAUCUUGACCCAGAAACUGAUCCAGAUAGCAUUAUAGAGUGGGAAUUGGAUUUUUGCUCUAGGCCUAUACUUGAUAUUCGAGGCAAGAAAGUGUGGGAGCUUGUUGUGUGUGAUGAUUCACUAUCACUUCAAUACACAAAGUACUUUCCUAAUAAUGUCAUUAAUAGUAUCACUUUGAAGAAUGCUAUUGUGUCCAUUAGUGAAGAUCUUGGUGUCCCUCUGCCAGAAAAAGUUCGCUUCUUCAGGUCACAAUUGCAGACAAUUAUAACAAAAGCAUGCAAAGAGCUGGAUAUAAAGCCUAUUCCAAGUAAACGGUGUUUAUCACUGCUUUUAUGGUUGGAAGAGCGAUAUGAGACUGUAUAUACCCGUCAUCCUGGCUUUCAAAAGGGAUCUAAACCACUUCUAGCUUUGGAUAAUCCUUUCCCAAUGGAACUUCCUGAGAAUCUGUUUGGGGAGAAAUGGGCAUUUGUUCAAUUACCUUACUCAGCUGUUCAUGAGGAAGUCUCAUCACUGGAAACAAGAUUUAUGUUUGGUGCAAGCCUAGAUUUGGAUCUUCUAGGAAUUGAAGUCGGUGAUAAGACAUUGAUUCCAGGACUCGCUGUUGCAUCUUCUCGUGCUAAACCAUUGGCAGCCUGGAUGAAUGGACUGGAAGUGUGUUCGAUCGAAGCAGACACAGCUCGUGCUUGCUUGAUUCUAUCUGUUGGAAUUUCAACCCGCUAUAUUUAUGCUACCUAUAAGAAGAGUCCUGUAACAACAGCUGAAGCUGAGGCUUGGGAAGCAGCAAAGAAAGCAUGUGGAGGCUUGCAUUUUCUUGCCAUUCAAGAGGACCUAGAUUCAGAGGACUGUGUUGGGUUUUGGCUUUUACUAGACUUGCCACCUCCUCCUGUAUGAUUUAAUCAAAACUGGAAAUCAACAAUAUAGUGUUUCUUCACUUC